CCACACAGCUUGGUAAGAAUUUGGGGAGAAAUGGUAUCAUCGGCUCUCGGUCCGCCUCAAAAAAAAUCAAAGAAGAAGAACAAAUAAAAAAAAAAACGAAUAAAGGAGUGCAAGGGGGGAAGGAGAGGAAGGGAGCGAGCAUAGAACCCUAAUUUUGGGAGGAGGCCGGAAUCUGUAAUCAAGGUCUAGCAAAAUGUCUCCCAUGGAAUCCUCACGCGAGAAUAAUGUGUAUUUGGCCAAACUUGCCGAGCAGGCAGAGAGGUACGAGGAGAUGGUAGAGUUCAUGGAAAAGGUGGUGAGAACAAUCGACGGGGAGGAGCUUAGUGUGGAGGAGCGCAACCUACUCUCAGUGGCCUAUAAGAACGUGAUUGGGGCUAGACGUGCUUCUUGGCGUAUUAUCUCUUCCAUCGAGCAGAAGGAGGAGAGUCGCGGCAACGAGGAACACGUCACAGUCAUCAAGGAGUAUCGUGGGAAGGUGGAGGCGGAACUCGGCAAGAUCUGUGAAGGGAUUCUGAAGCUGCUAGAUUCCCACCUUGUACCAUCUGCCAGUUCUGCAGAAUCCAAGGUGUUUUACCAUAAGAUGAAAGGUGACUAUCACAGGUACCUUGCAGAAUUCAAGACUGGAGCUGAGAGGAAAGAAGCUGCUGAGAGCACCAUGUUGGCAUACAAAUCUGCCCAGGACAUUGCUAUAGCAGAUCUAGCUCCAACUCAUCCCAUAAGGCUUGGGCUGGCACUUAACUUCUCUGUGUUCUAUUAUGAGAUUCUUAAUUCACCUGAUCGCGCAUGUAGCCUUGCAAAGCAGGCAUUUGAUGAAGCUAUCUCUGAGCUUGAUACCUUGGGUGAAGAAUCAUACAAGGACAGUACAUUGAUUAUGCAGCUUCUCCGGGACAAUUUGACAUUAUGGACCUCUGAUAUUAUGGAGGAUGGAGGUGAUGAGAUCAAGGAAGGCCCAAAGAAGGAGUCAGGAGACGACCAGUGACCUUCAUUUAGUUCCUCUUUAUUUUGCAGUAGAAUGGAUUGUUGUUUAAGUGGGUUUAGAUGCUAAGUUUCAUAUGCUUCUGGACAAGCCUGGGUUACUAGUAUUGCCUAAAAAAUUGGAUAUCUAGUUACUUGAGCGUUUUUAUGUAGUCGAUUCGAAACUAUUUGAAGUUGCGGCUUGUUGGUGCCACGAGUUCUGCAAGCUUGUGAUUGAAAAGUCUAGGAGUGCAGAGAAAACAACCAUGCUUGCUUAGUCGGUUGAUAUCUUCCUAUAGCAGCAUUGGAGAAGAUUUCAUCAUCGAUUUUUUUUCAUCUUAAAUUUAUGAUGGAUUUGGCUUGUUUCAUAGCAAUUAUUUGUAUCAAACUUCAUAUUUGUGGGAAGUAGAAUGAUGCGCUUGCUUGUGGCAA